UGUGCGUUAUGUAAAAGUCUGUGCGGAUGCCCUUAAUCUUGAGAGAGUGGUUCGAGACUAGCUCGUUAAGUUUUAUAUCGUACGGUUUUAUUUGAUUUCCCCGUUUCGCUCACACAAACGUAUAGCGUUAUAACGAGAGGUUGGAUCAGCAACGAACUAAUAGCAAAUUGUGUGACUGUGAAGAAGGAAAAUAAUUCACGCGAUAUUCCCAUUGCAACUCUUCAAACUACACAAAGCAGAAAGAUGGCGGAACCGAAUGACAGGAGUCAAUUACCACCCGGCUGGGAGUGCAGAUAUGAUAUUCGUAGCGGUCGUCCAUAUUUCAUAAAUCAUUUUAAUCGAACUACAACAUGGGAAGAUCCAAGAGUGAGAUAUUGGCAGUAUUCUCAGUAUAUACAGUCUCAGAACUCAAUGGCACUGAGCUCGGCUACUACUACCACUUCUCAAGAGAUUCCCAUGCAGACCGGAGGAAGCGGAAGUGGUGGGCACUUAAAUUAUACAGGUGCUCAUAGAGUUCCACAAAUUUAUCCAACACCGUCCCCCUAUCAUAAUCCACAACUAGCAUUUUUACUUCCUAGCGCGCAGGAACUGAAAACACCAUUAUCGUUGAAGUCCACCAGUGCGAUGACAACUCGAUUUGGCGAUUUGACUUUAGGCUCUCCGACUCCGGUGAGAAAUACAGAGACGAGUUUUACUCAAAAUUCUGACUCCGAGUCACAAGUAGCGAAGAUCAACGCUAUAUUCCCGACAGUCUCGGACACGCAUAUUCGUCUCUUACUGAAAAAAUACCAUAACAGAGCAGCUUUGGUCAUGAGUGCUCUCCAGGUGGAAAAGAAUCCUCUUUGCGCCCCAGGACCGUGCACACCCGUGGGAGUGCAUUCAAAUUAUGCAAUCCCAAGAUGGCGUCUACCAGCUCAUUCUUUACAUACAACAUUAACAUUGAGUCCGCCUCGCGGAGUUCGGCCAGCCCCUAACUCCCCAAAAAUGAAACUUAGGUACCUGAAAAAUGUAUUUCCAAAAGUGGACGAAACGAUAUUGCUAGAUGUGUUAGAGCAGAGCGAUAAUAAUGUGCAGAAGGCAUCUGAAAGGUUAAUUGAAUUAGGAUAUGAAAAGCGGAGUCCUACUCUUCCUGUCAGAGCUGUAGCAAAAAAGAAAGAAGAGGAAGAGGUACGUGAUGAGCCAACUGCACCUACGCCACCUCCGCGCAUAAAAAGUUUGGAAGAGAAGAAUAAGUUGAAAAUACGUUUAAUGGAAAAAUAUAAGAAUCUACCAGAUCGAAUUCUGUUACUUGCCAUGGAAAGUGUAGAUUAUGAUGAAGAAAGAGCAAUAACUAUAUUAGAUAUAGUAAUGGCAGAAGAAGCUACUCGACCAUUAUGUACUUCUAGCAGCCAAAGCAGUAAAAGUGAUGAACGGAAAGAUAGUCCACCAGUGACAGAAGCUAUAAAAUUAACAGCAUCUCCAAUUAAAAAGAUAAAUAAAGAUAUGGAAACUGAAAAGUUGAAACGAUCCAAAACUAAGACUGAGAUACCGAAAGUUUCUCGUGGAACCAGUACCACGGAGGAUAAAGAAUAUAAAUCCCCGUAUUUAACAAAACCAGUGGGCUCAAACUCGGAUUUAGCAAGGGGAGCGAAUAAUGAUCUGCUGUUGCCCGAUUACGCACCAUGGUCGGGGCCGGAUCCAAAUUUGUUGACCAAGCAACCAUUGUCAAGAUCGCUUGCAGUAGGGCACGAUGCAAGUUUAGUUUCUACCCGUAAUUGUCUUGCUAAAGGUGCCCAGUCCGAAUUGCGAAAAGGACCAUUAAGGGGAUUGGCCCAAGGUUCUAUUUAUUCGCAAAGGAAUGCAACUAAUACAGAGAGUCGUGGUAAAUGAAACAUGUGCAAUUGUUUCUCUUUUGAUAUUUUUACGUUUAUCACGUAAUUAGAUCGUAAUUUUUAGUAACAAUUGUAUAACUAGACGUCUUUAGAAUGUUAUUUAUUUUUAAGUUUUUAUAUUUUUUAUCAAUUCGCAUAUUAUAUCAAGAAUCCGAUCUGUUUUUAUACAAUGCAAUAAAGAUUUAUAUUUUGUUCAUAUUUUA